GCAAAUUAAAGGAACUUAAUGGCAGUGCCACUGAAGAACAUAAACUCACAGAAGAUGACUUGAUAAUCCUAGAAAAGUUACUGUCUGCAGUAUGCAACACUUCUGCAGAAACACCCACGGCACAGCAACUUCAGACUUUGUGGAGAGCAGUUCACUGGCCUGAAGAUAUUGUCUUUCCAGCCCUAGACAUUCUUAGAUUGUCUGUCAGGCAUCCCACUGUGAAUGAGAACUUCUGCAGUGAAAAGGAUCACGUACAGUUUAUCACCCUUCUCCUUAAAUUUCUGAACCCUGAAGGAAAGCAAGCAAACCAGCUGUUGGCACUUAGAGCUCUGUGCAAUUGUUUUGUCAGUCGGGCAGGCCAGAAGCUCAUGAUGGAACAGAGAGAUGAUAUAAUGACGCAAGCAAUAGAAGUGAAAUCGGGCAAUAAUAAGAACAUCCACAUCGCACUUGCCACACUGACGUUGAACUAUGCUGUGUGUUUACAUAAAGUCAACAACAUUGAGGGCAAAGCUCAGUGUUUAUCAGUAAUCAGCACAGUUAUGGAAGUUGUUCAAGAUCUUGAAGCCAUUUUUAGACUGCUUGUGGCCCUCGGGACACUAAUCAGUGAUGAUACAAAUGCUGUGCAAUUAGCUAAGUCUCUUGGAGUUGACUCUCAAAUAAAAAAGUAUGCCUCUGUAUCAGAACCAGCUAAAGUAAAGGAAUGCUCUAGGUUUGUUCUUAAUCUGCUAUAAUUGUUUUUCUUAGCAUUAGGAGACAGUGUAUGCAGAAAAAAAAGGAAGCUUUUGUUCAUAUUUUGUGACAGACUAUAACUGAGAAAAUACUGUGGAUUAAUUAAACUUGAUUUGUUGCAAGAUACAGAGCAAAUAAAACUUUUUAC